AUGGCCCAGAAACUGGCCGAGGUAGGACGGAAGACCCUGAUCCUCGACCUGGACGAGACUCUGGUGCACUCCUGCUACAGCGAUCCGGAUACCCACGACAACGUGGGAUGCAACCUGUUGCCCGAAGACGCACAGCCCGAUUAUGUGCUCAGCGUGACGAUCGAGGGUGUCGAACCGAUCUCCUUCCGGGUCUUUAAACGGCCCCAUGUCGACGAGUUCCUGGAAUUUGUGUCCAAGUGGUACGACGUUGUGAUCUACACGGCCAGCCUGGAGGUCUAUGCCGCCCAGGUGGUGGACCUUCUGGACGCGGGACGGGGCAUGAUGCCGCGUCGCUUCUACCGGCAGCACUGCCGCAACUCCGCGCCAUUGAUCGCCAAGGAUCUGACCCUGGUCAACCCGGACAUGAGCGGCACCUUGAUCAUCGACAACUCGCCGUAUGCGUACCGCGAUUUCCCGGAAAAUGCUCUCCCCAUCAAGACGUUCAUCUACGACCCCGGAGACACGGAGCUGCUGAAGCUGCUGCCCUUCCUCGAUGCCCUUCGUUUCACCAAGGACGUUCGAUCGAUUCUCGGCCGGCGUGUUGUCCGCUCCACGAUGGUCCGCUCCACGGUUUCAUCUACCUAUCGAUGA